AUAAAGAGCCGCCGUCUCCGAUUCCGGCGUUACAAACUACGAUUAAAUAUGUCGAGACAAAGUUCUUAUUUGUUGUUUUUUUGGUUAGCGAGCACGAUCUUGGUUCGCGGAUCGUUGCAAACAAUUCUCAAACGAUCUUGUCCGUCGUGCAGCCAAGACUGUCCGGAAGCCUUGACUGUCCAAUUACCAUGGGAUACUCGUAGAGGAGCAAAUUUACAAUCGGACGAGCAGAGUUUGCCCGUCAAUUCGCUCAGAAAUUCUUUUCACUCAACGCAAGAAGAACUUAUCAAGAAUGCGGCGCGCGAUAGAAAUCUUCUGUCGGAUCAAUAUCCACCGGCUUUUGGAAAUCACAGGAGUUUUCUUCGGCGAGAACCCGCGAGCGAAGAUUUGUCUUUCACCGACCAUCUUAACACGUUUCCAAAAUAUAUGAACAAGCGAACUUCUUAUUCGCAAAACAAACCGACGAGCGGAUAUCCUCGCGUUCUUCCAGCGAGGCAAAUUUCGGACAUUGCGAAAAAUACGCUCUUCACGAAUCUUCGCAACAAAGUUCCCGUUUCCUUACAAAAUCGGAGAUCGGAAGUUCCGAUCUUUUACGCGAUAGGCGAGAAAACUCCUGCGAGCAAAUUGCCCGUCUCUUAUCGCGUCGACAGAAACGUCGAGCGUCCCUUGUGGAACAAUUUAAGAGGCGCUUCGAACAUCCUGUUGCAAAAAUUCUAUCCAAGAGACGCAAGUACUUUUCGAUAUCGCCGAGAAGACGAGGAAAAGAACGCGAUGAAAGAGUCGACGAGUCGCAGCCAAAAUUCUCUCCAACCUCCAGUGAUAUACAAUCCUACAAAAUUCAAUCUGGCGGAAGCCAAACGUGAUAAUUAUAAUAUUUCUCCUAAGGAUUUGAACAUUCAGCCGCCAAUAAAGGAUAUCUUGCUUCGCAAUUGGGACAUUAUCAAAGAUACAAUCGAAUCCUCAAGACGGGCGCAACAAAAGUCAAAUUUGGCGAAAACCGACUUCUCAUCAGAAGUGUAUCCUGACGAGAAAGAAGACGAGACAGUUGUUUCCAAGAUAGAUAAUGACCAAAUUAAAUAUAAUCCUUACGCACUCCUUCCGGAUGUACGUAUCUCGAAUCCAUCAAAAAAUGAAGAAUCGUUCGAUUGGAAGAUGAUCGCUAGCAAGAAUUCGCAGGGAUCUACGGAAAUUGAACGAUCGGAGGCAAAUGAAAAUAACUGGCCGCCAAUGUAUCCUACGACAGAAAAGAAUAUUGGACACUUGGAGGACGAGAUAGACGAGAAAAGCGAACAUCUCGUGGAUGAAGACGAGUUUUAUCGACAACUUUUUGAAAAUGAGAAUAAAAAAAGUGACGCAAUUACGAUUGAACAAGACUACGAUCCUUAUAUCAUCUAUAACAUGAAUAAUUGGAACAGAAUCACUGAUAAAGAUCUCUCUGACAUGUCAGAUUUUUCAUCUUCGGAUUUGCAAGGACUUCAAGAAGCAAGAAAAUUAUAUCCCGAGGAAGAUAACAGCGAGUUACUUCGAGAUGACGAGGAUGUAAUCCUCGAAGACAAAACGUAUCCCAGUACAAUUAUUCGUCCAUCUGUAAUUAAUGCCAAUAACGCUUAUAAUACUCCCAAACACACGUUUUCCGUAAACACUUUGAAUAAUGCAAACUAUCCUGUCAAAUCGCUGGGAAUGCGGGAAGCAUCGGAAAAUAAAGACAACAUAUUAUACGCAAAUUUUGCGGGAAAUAAGAACGACGGAGUUUACGAGGACAAAACAAUGAUGCAGAAUAAUAUGCGCGUCGAGGAUUCGAUUUCUCUCAAGAAUAAUUUGAAUUCGGAAAAAUAUUCUGUCAUCGAUACGCAAAGUGCGAAAAGCAAUGCUCAAGAUGAAACUUUCACAAGAUUUGAUCCCGAUCUACUAGAUGAUGUUGAGAAUCCUCCAACGGAAUCAAUCAAAUCGUUAGCGAAAUCUUCAGAAGAAUUUUCCACGUCUCGACAACAAUAGAAGAGUUGCUAAUUAUUGUUAAUAAUUGUUCUAUACAACAGAGAAUUUUGUACAUAUAUUCUAUUUAAUAGAAGAAAACUUGAAAUAUAUUGGCUUGUUUUUUUCUUUAAUGCAAAUUCAGGACCACCUUGAUCUUGCUCGAAACUAUUGAAGAAUAAUUAUCAAUAAUUUUAUUAUUCUUGUUUAAAUACUGUGUGUUUAUGUUUUAUUCAUAUUGAACAUAAAAUUUAAACAAGAAUAAUGAAAUAAUCGAUACUUGUGUAUUUUGUUUAUACAUAUAUAAAAAUACUACUCAUACAUGACCUAAAAAAAGAAAAAUGCGUCUUUCACAAGUACGAUAUAGAACACGCAAAAUUUUGCGAAACUGUAUAUAGUCAAGUCUGUGGAAUUUAAUGAACAAGCAAAGAUACGUGCGCGUAAAAUUGCGAACGGCGACACGUGUUUGUUGCGACAUAAAUAAAAAAAUGCAAUAUGCGUAAUAUUGCAAUUUACCAAUACACACAGCACGUUCUUGAAGUGUUCUUGUAACGCCGAGAUUUAAAUAAAUAAAACAUAACGUUAAAAUAAAUAAGAAGCAUGAAAAAUAUUGUU